AUGCUCACCAUCAGCCCUUCGCCCUUUCCUUCCACCGUCCUCUCUAACGUUACCCCACUGGUGGAUCACGCUCUCCACUUUCUUCCUGCUGACGAUCAGAAGUCGCCGGAGACUGAAGCUGCCUCUGAGAGGACGUUCAUCACUUCAUCUGCAGAUAUGUACUCGCAGUACUGGAGCACGGCCCGGGGGCGCAGGCCGGACUACCGGAGGUACACGAUGGUGGAGGGGGACACUCCUCUCCCUCUGGGCUCCACGUGCCGCAGGAAGCGCCUUCGUUCAGUGGGAGAGGAGGAGGACGACGAAGAGGCUCAGAAGAGCUGUGCACGCCGGCCAAACCCAGAGGGCUCGCUGUCGGCCGGUGAGCUGAGCUGCUGUGGCAAGAGGGAGGAAGAGGAGGAGGAGGAGGAGCUGCAGAGACUGUGUCAACGCUGCCACAUCAUGACAUCACAGCUGAGCAGACAAGCUGCCGCUCUGACGGACACCGCAGCCCAGAAGGACCCAGCCUACACCUCUUUCCUCUUCAACAAGCUCCAUCACCUGCAGUUGCCUCACCAUGGCCGCCGACCUUCCUUCGAUGCCCGUUGUGACGUCUGCGGCGCCGCUUUCCAGCAGCUGAGGCAUCUCGCUCUGCGUCGGGCUCUGGGCAUCAGCAGGAAGAUGGCGCCUCGCCCUGCCACACCCAGUGUCCCCACCACCCCCACCUGCGGCCCCCAGGCCUCAGAGAGCAGCUGGGGGGUCGACGACCUGCGGCCGAAGCAGGAGAGAUGGGUGUAUGAUGAACAACAUCAGCAAGGGGGCGGGGCUCCAUGGGGAUGGGGAGGAGUACAGAGCGUUUACCUGGGAGGGGGAGGAGCCAAAGGGCUGGCCACGGUCACGCCCCUGAAUGCACAUAAUUACCUGGAAGGGGUGUGGAGGGUGUCGUGCUGCAGACCUGAACUUCAGCAGACUACGGUUCUGACCUCAGUCGGUGGACCCGUGACCACAAGGAGGCCCGUCACCCGGGCGGCCCAAAGCACCUCCACCCAAACCAGCCCAGCUCCGUCUGCUGCAGCUGCCUUCUUCAUCAGGGCGGCUCAGAAGCUCAGUCUGUCCCGUAAGAAGAAGUCCCAGCCGGGCCCCUCCUCCACGCCCGAUGAGGCCCAGGGGCCGCCGCUGGUGUUCACCGGGGGCUUCAGUGGAGCCCUGCAGCUCUCGCCGCCCGCCGUCCCACCAUGUCUCCUUCGAGCGGGGUCAAAGGUGAAGGACACGCCAGGGAUGGGAAAGGUCCGUGUGAUGGUCCGGGUCUGCUCGGUCCCCAGCAGCGAGUCCUCAGAGUCCAUGUCCUUCCUGAAGGUGGACGGCAGGAAAAAGCAGCUCACGCUUUGUGAGACCGGCAGAAACUCUGGCUCUUCUCAGAGACGGUCCUCAGCUUCUGCGCCGAAGACCUUCACCUUCGACGCCGUCUUCACGCAGGACGCCUCGCAGGCUGAGGUGUGUUCGGGAACAGUGUCCGAGGUCAUCCAGUCGGUGGUGAACGGAGCCGACGGCUGCAUCUUCUGCUUCGGACACUCCAACCUGGGGAAGACGUACACCAUGAUUGGUCGGGACUGCUCCACGCAGAGUCUGGGUGUGGCCCCGACAGCCAUCUCCUGGCUCUUUAAGGUGAUCGAGGAGCGCAGGGAGAAGACUGGGGCUCGUUUCUCCGUCAGGGUGUCGGCGGUGGAGAUCUCCGGCCGGGAGGAGACGCUCAUCGACCUCCUGGCUGAGCUCUCCUCCUCAGGAGCCCACCAGGAGGUCUCGCUGUGGGAAGAUCCUCUUUGUGGAUCCCAGCUCCAGAACCAGACGGAGCUCCGGGUGACCAGCGCCGAGCGGGCUGCGUUUUUCCUGGACGCCGCUCUGGCAGGAAGGAAGAGCAGCCGAACGCCGAACGACCAGGAAGCCCGAAGGAACUCGCACUUCCUGUUUACUCUGCACCUCUACCAGGAGAGACCGGACAAGAGCAGCAAGGCGGCAGUGUCUGGCAGGAGUCGUCUCCACCUCCUGGACCUGGGGAGCUGUGAGACGGACAUCAGCAGGACCAGAGAGGGAGGCGGAGGCCAGUGUCUGUCUCUAUCUGCGCUGGGAAACGUCAUCCUGGCACUCGCCAAUGGAGCCAAGCACGUUCCCUACAGGGACAGCAAGCUCACCAUGCUGCUCAGCGAGUCUCUGGGUAACAUCAACUGUCGAACCACCAUGAUCGCUCACGUCUCGGAUUCACCGGUGAACUACACGGAGACGCUGACCACAGUGCAGCUGGCCUCACGAAUCCACCGCACCAGGAAGAAGAAGUCCAAAUAUGCUUCCAGCUCUUCUGGAGGGGACAGUUCCUGUGAAGAAGGCCCAGCUCAUCGACCUCCCCAUCUCCAACUCUUCCACCCUCGGAUUGUGGCCCUGGACUCUGAGACUCCUCUGAUCCUCUCCAGCGAUCCAGACUAUUCAUCCAGCAGCGAACAGUCCUGCGAUACAGUCAUCUACAUUGGGCCUGGAGGGACGGCAGUAUCCGACCGAGAGCUGAGCGACAAUGAGGGUCCGCCUUCCUUUGUUCCCAUCAUUCCUUCCCUGAACAAAAAACAAACCAAAGAUGCUCCCAGAAAAGACGGCGAUCACUUAAAAUGCAACACAUUUGCAGAGCUACAGGAGAGACUUGACUGCAUCGAUGGCAGUGAGGGUCCUGCAGCUUGCAGUAAAGAGAACAGAGGUGAACAAGCAAUGUGGACUCAAACUGAGGCUGCUAAAUUUACAGAGGAAACUUCUUCACCCAACUCCACCCAGAGCACCAGGAAUCCUGAUCAGAUAGAAUCCAGACUCCCUUCAGAUGGAAGCCUCAUGGACUCCUCCAAAAGGACAAGAGCUGAUGGAGAGAAACUCCCAGCUACUUUCAUUCAGCCAUGUUUGUUGGGGUACAGUGGGGCUAUCUCCCAGGAUUCAGAGCCUGUGGUUCGAGAGAAGGUUAGAGCAGGCAUACCCAAGCUGCCACCCAGCCAAACCUCUGCUCCAACAUCCAGGACAACAAUCAAGCCUGGAGAAGCUUCCUGCAGGAUUCCCCCUGUGGGCUUGAGCUAUCAGGUGCCAUUUGACAUGGACAAUCCCCCUCAUGUCAACAGAUACCCUGUGGAAGUCAGUGGUUUUCGUGCAGCCUUUCUAGGAAGGUGCCUGGACAGAGACUUUCUGAGGACCACGGUCACACUGCAGCAACCUGUGGAACUGAAUGGAGAGGAUGAGCUUGUAUUCACCAUCAUCGAGGAGCUUCCACUUAGCUUUGUCCCAGACAAUGGCCGCCCCUCCAACCUCCUUAGCUUCAACACUGAUUGCUCACCACAGGCCUUAGCAACUGGCUCCCGUCCAAUCAGCAUCAUCACUAGCAUCAAUGAUGAGUAUGAUGCUUACACAGCUCAGCACGGGGCUGAGGGACCGGACUGCAGGUCACCCGUUACAACUGAAGACAGCAGUUUAUCAAACAGGUUACAAAUGAAGGAUGACUGUUCAUCUAUUCUGAGCUCGCCAAGAGUAUUUCAUAGAGAAAGAUUUCUGCAGCAUGGCCUGAAGAGCUCAUUGCAUGACAGUGGUGUUUGUUUCUCAGAGCUGGACAGUGACCCUGCCACCCCAAACAAAUCCUCGUUCAUCGAGUGUCCUUCCCCUGAUUUAGCCAAAACCUCCUCCAAAGGCUCCCCUAAGGUGAGAGCCAGCACCCUUAACACUCCGACUGCCCAGAUUCCCCAAUACACCACCCACUCAAGUCUUCCCAGAAAAAACAAGCCUACCUCAUCUGCCACUGUGGGUUGCAGCAGACAGGAAGGCAGACAUGAGAACUUUUUGCUUCAGGGAAGCAGUUUCAUUGAUCCCAGAGAGGUUGAGUUUCUCUCUGCAGGUAAGUCACUAAGAAGUGGCACUAGUACCAUUUCCUCUCGGAAAUAUGGAGGGAACAGCAAUAGCAUGCCUCGACCUUCAAAGACGCAAGUAUUGUCAGCCCAGAGGGUUGUGGAUGGAUGCGAGAAGUCCACCAGCAGGAGAGAAGCUACCCUCAUCAAAUUGCCACGACUCACCCGAGGUGCAACAACUCUGGGAACAGUUUCACCUCCACAGAGCUCAGAACUAAAAUGGAGUCAUGAGGCUGCCUCAACGAUUGGGACACUGAGGUUUUCAUCACUUGGAAAGAAGUCAAAUGGACAAAAUAGCAGCACAAUCUCAAAGUCUGGAUCUGUAAACAUCUCUCCUCCUACUCCACUUUUCUUAAGGUCUAGCCAAGAACAAAAGAUGAGGUCUCCAAGUGCCUUAAAGACAAGUAGCAACAGUGGAAAGUUUGUCUUCCCGAAAACUUCCACCUCAGAGGAGGAAUUCAUCGUCAGACUUCAAGCAGAUUCAUUCAGCAACAGGACAUUUAGUUUAAAAACUGAUCAUGGUUCUCCAAGGACAUCUUCAAGCCUGAAGACACGAGGGGUCAAAGCAGAUUCUUCCAGGUUCUAUGGGAGUUUAAUGUCUCUGGAAAUAUGUGAAAGUCCAACUUCACCCAGCUCAAAAUCCGAGGUGUUUAAGGAUACCAUUGGCGCUGCUUCAGGAAGUAGCAGCAAAUCCAACAGAUCAUUACCAAAACUCAGUCUUUCAGCCUCAACCUCACCCUCUUCUUCUCAAGUUUCUUCAGCAUUUUUUGCAACCAGCAGUAAACUAGGGCAGGUCCAAGGUGCUGCUGGCUCCAGAUUCGCUGUCUCUGGAGGACUGAAGGUUCGAUCAUUGUCAACAAGCAGCUCAAAGAGUUCUACUCCAAAACUUCCCGACAAUGCAGCUGGCCACAACACUAGCAGCCUACCUCCUACUGGCAAGUCUCCUGCUCGUGCAGGAAAUGGAACCAAGAUGGGAAGAGGCACCAUCAUGGGGACAAAGCAGGUCAUCAACAGGGCUGUCAACAGCCGAGUCAGCGAGCUAGCUGCUGGGAGGAAGCAGCUCGGCAGGGUACCUGGAGAAAUCGGGAGCUCUGACAGCGAGACGAGUAGCACAAACAGAUUAACGCUCAACACGCUUCCGCCAUCGCCUUACAGUAAGAUCACUGCGCCUCGGAGGCCGCAACGCUACAGCAAUGGGCACGGCAGUGACAACAGCAGCAUCCUCAGCGGGGAGCUGCCCCCUGCUAUGGGCCGCACUGCCUUGUUUUACCACAGCGGGGGCAGCAGCGGCUACGAGAGCAUGAUCCGAGACAGCGAGACCACCGGCAGCACCUCGUCAGCUCACGACUCCAUGAGCGAAAGUGGAGCGUCCUCAUCCAACAGAGGCAGGGUGUCCAAAUCCCCCAAGAAGAGAGGAAACGGAGGCUUCCUGCGGCGCAGGCUGAUCCCAGCCCCCCUCCCUGACACCUCGUCCCUGGGCAGGAAGGCCGGGAGCCAGUGGGUGGAGCUGCCCCCGCUGGGGGGCGCCCUGAAGGAGCCGUUUGAGAUCAAGGUGUACGAGAUCGAUGACGUGGAGCGCCUGCAGAGGGGGAGGGAGGCGAUGGUGGGCUCAGAGCCGUUCCAGGACGUGGAAAAGGGUCUGCUGUACUUCAACGCCCGGCUGAGGAUGCUGGAGAAGCGGCAGCAGAUGAUCAGAGAGCUGAGGAGCAAACACGAGCAGCUGAAGGUGGAGCUGGAGGAGGCCAAGAACCGACUGAUGCUCGAACCCAGCAAAUGGACCGGAGACUUUGAUGUGGACCAGGACCUGAACCGGGAGUCCCAGGAGUACCUGGAGGCUCUGGCUCAGGUGACGGCCGAACUGGAUUUCUGCGUCAGCCUCUGCAAGUCCCGCGUGAUGAUGGAGACGUGCUUCGACGUCACCGGCGUUGCCACGGCGAUGCAGGAAGGUCACCAGGGGCAGCUAGAGGUCACAAAGUCGAGAACUAAAGAACAAGGCGGGAACCUGGCGUAAGAACUGACCGAGGGGUUCUGGAUGUUCUGCUGGUUCUGGAUCAGAUCGG